AUGCUCAGUCGUCUCUAUCGAUUCACUCCUAUCCAUCGAAUCGUCCGUUCGUUACGUUCAACUGCAAACACCGUCAUACACGAAUCUGCGUCUGCUUCAUCAUCCGAAGCUAUAGCCGUUGAAGAGGAUCUCGAUUUUAACAAACCGCACACUGUUGUAUGUAAGAACGGUACGAUUGCUUGUUGGCAUCCUGAAGAAGAGUUUCCAUACGAACACACUCGACCGAUUGAUCUGGGACAGUUAAGGAAAGAACAGUCGAAAUUGGUUUCAUCUGUACUAAAAGAAGAAGUGGUGUUGGAAAGUGAACGAAGUCGUAUGCGAAAAGGUCCUGAUAAUAGUGAACUGAAGGAAAUCUUUUACACAAAUAAGAACGAGUGGUACACG